AUGUUACAGAUGUCUGCUUCGAUUAGUGUUUUCGCUCCAUUUCUGCUUACAACCGUCUUCUCUAUUCUCACACUUACACUCUCACACAGAAACACAGUUGCAAAAUUAAUGGGGCACAACUUGGAGACGAGAUCGUUGAUGGAUGAAGUGAGGAGCUUCAACAGUGCCGGAGGUCUCUUCGAUUUUGGUCAUCCUCUUCUCAAUCGGAUCGCCGGAAGUUUCAUUACUACCGCCGGCAUCGGAGCAGUUCAGGCGGUUUCACGCGAAGCAUGUUUCACUGCUCUCGAAAAUGCAAGUGGAGACGAAACCAGAAUCUCCAAUAAAAGGAAGUUCCGAGGCCUUCAUGGGGAAACUAGCAGAAACUCUGUUGAAGCCUUGGUGACAAGCACAGGGAAAGAAUCUCUACAAUGGGGUCUAGCUGCUGGGAUGUACUCUGGUCUGACCUAUGGUUUAAAAGAAGCUCGAGGGGUUCAUGAUUGGAAAAGUAGUGCAGUGGCGGGAGCAAUCACAGGUGCGGCUCUGGCACUUACAUCUGAUAAUUCGUCUCAUGAACAAAUUGUCCAGUUGGCCAUCACGGGUGCAGCUGUUUCAACAGCUGCAAAUCUUCUCACUGCUACUGUUUUUAUUAAUUAA